CCUCCCACGCGCGGACAAGAACGUCUUUACGUUGGGGCGCAUGCGUGCGUUCCCCGAUUUAUAUCAAGGCACAAAAGUGGCGCUAUAUCGGUUCAAGCUCGACUCCGGUGGUAGCAGCCUAAACGAUGGAUGGGGAAUCGGAGGCCAAACCUCGAGUAGAGGAGGAGAGCACAGCCCCAGAUAAGGAACCCAUGGACACAGACACCACUCCCUCAGAGCAAACUACACCCCCCACGAGAACCCAGGCUCCUGUCACCAAGGCAAUAGAGGAACCCUCCAGGGUUAUAGAGAACAAUGACGAUGAUGAUGUGGUGCUGGUGGAAGAGGUCCCGUCUCCCUCUGCGACUACCUCUUUCCAAGCUGCCUCCACCCCCACAGACUGCACUGAGCCCCACCCCUCUGAAACAGAAACCACAGCAAUGAUAAACAUGACAACAGCCACAGCCCCCGCCAAGAUCCCCAGUCCACCCGCCACCUAUUCUGCAGCACCCACAGAGCCCAUUGUCAUUGACGAUGAGGAGGAUCACGGGCACAGAGGCUUUUCCUCACUAGCCACAGCCGGAGGCCCUUCAGAUAGCGAAGGCAUACUGAGCAGCACAGAGCCCGAUUCUGAGAUAAAGAUCGCCAGUGUCACAACGCUGGGGCCCUCUGUAGCCACAGCAGCCGAGCCAAUGGCGGAAGGGGACAUGAACCUGGUGAUCACCAGUGUGACGUCACUGCAGGGCGGGGUGGGCAUGGUGGAGAAUGGCUUGCAGAUCAGCAGCACCUUCAGUCUGAAUCCUGAGGCCCAGAGCUCCAUCAGCACCAACAGGCUCCCGACCACCUUCAACCCUGGCCGGGUUAGCAACACCUCCACCACUAGCCAGCCUGUACAGAACGGAGACUCGGUAACCCACCAGACGCCUGAUUUGUGGAUCUCCCAGUCGGCCUCGUUCCCGCGAAACCAGAAACGGACGGGGGUGGACUCUACAUCACCAGCCGUAUCCCUGCCCAAACCACCCGGCCCCUCCCCCUCAGGCUCCCAGAACCCCCCUCGCACUGUCAAGGUGACCUGCGCCAAUUGUAAGAAGCCUCUGAAGAAAGGCCAGACGGCUUACCAGCGGAAAGGGUCCACACACCUUUUCUGUUCCACCACCUGCCUCUCUUCUUUCUCACACAAACCUACCCCUAAGAAGAGCUGCACCAUGUGCAAAAAGGACAUCACUACAAUGAAGGGCACUAUCGUGGCCCAGGUGGACUCCAGUGAGUCGUUCCAGGAGUUCUGCAGUACAGGCUGUCUGGGCGCCUACGAGAAUAAACAGAACACACCCAAGUCCUCCCUUAAAACUAAGUGCACUGUCUGCAGCAAGCUCACUGAGAUCCGCCAUGAGGUGAGUUUCAAGACGGUCACGCAUAAGAUCUGCAGCGAUGCCUGUUUCAACCGUUACCGCAUGGCCAACGGGCUCAUUGUGAACUGCUGUGAGCAGUGUGGUGAAUACCUGCCCAGCCGCGCCACUGCCAACCACUUCCUCAUCAUCGAUGGCAAGCAGAAACGCUUCUGCUGCCAAAACUGUAUCAGUGACUACAAGCAGGCCAACUCUAAGAUGACGAUGUGUACUGGCUGUAGGGCCAUGGUCCGGUCUAGUGAAGUAACUCACUGCAUCGGGGCCAGCGGCACAAUGGAACCAUACUGCUCCACAGCCUGCAUGAACAAGACCAAGAUCGCCAGCAGCGCUACCACUAUCCUCCAGCCCACGUGUCACUUCUGUAAGAAGACAUCGUUACCUCAGUACCAGGCAUCACUGCCUGAGGGGAAGGUCGUAAACUUUUGCAGCUCAAUGUGUGUCACCAAGUUCCAGAAUGCAACCAUUCAUACAGUAACCAAUGGACAGGCUCCCAUGUCUACAACGAACCACAACAUCCAGCUCAAAUGUAAUUACUGUCGAGGAGCAUUCAGCCUAAAGCCUGAAAUCCUGGAGUGGGAGGAUAAAGUGUACCAGUUCUGCAGUAAAAUAUGUUGUGAGGACUACAAGAAGCUGCACUGCAUAGUCACGUUCUGCGAGUACUGCCAGGAGGAGAAGACGCUCCACGAGACGGUCAAGUUCUCUGGAGUCAAGAGGCCCUUCUGCAGCGAAGGUUGUAAGCUGCUGUUCAAGCAGGACUUUGCCAACCGGCUGGGUCUGAAGUGUGUCACCUGUAACUACUGCACUCAGCUGUGUAAGAGAGGAGUGACCAGGCAGCUGGCCGGUGUUUCCAGGGACUUCUGCAGUGAAACCUGCGCCAAGAAGUUCCAUGAGUGGUACUACAAGGCAGUGCGUUGUGACUGCUGUAAGGUGCAGGGGAACCUGACUGAGUCGGUACAGUGGAGAGCAGAGAUGAAGCACUUCUGUGACCAGCAGUGUCUCCUCCGUUUCUACUGCCAGCAGAACGACCCCAACCUGGCAACGCAGAAGGGCCCAGAGAACACCAGACUUGGAUUUGGAAUACAAACCGAGGCAACCAACAUUGCGAUGUUGAGUCAGCCGUACACCGGUGGAGGGAUCCUAAAGGAUGUGAAGAAUAAAGCUGUACUCUGCAAGCCUCUCACUAUGACCAAGGCCACCUACUGCAAACCACACAUGCAGAGCAAGCUCCUACAGACGGAUGAGGAUGACGGGGUGAAGAGGGAGUACAUUCCCGUUCCCAUCCCUGUACCUGUGUUCAUCCCCGUCCCCAUGAACCUCUACGCCCAGAUUACACCCAUGCCCAUCACACUACCCGUCCCGGUUCCAGUGCCGGUAUUCCUGCCAACCACGAUGCAGGGUGCAGAUCAGAUUGUCCAGACCAUCACCGAGCUUAAGGCCAAAGUACCUACUGACCCCCACGAGGCUGACCUCCUCUCCAUGGCUGAGAUGAUCGCAGAGGACCAGAAGCCAGAUGUGAAGAGGGAGCGAGGAGGAGGAGAGGCCAAGUCCAGCAGCUCCAGUAGCAGCAGCUCUGAAUCGGAUGGGGAGGAUGAGAAGUAUGAACCAGACCUGGACCUGGAGAACGACUUUCCUCAAGACCCUGUCCCUGUGCUGGAGGACCUGGACGUGGACAUGGGGUUCACCCUGCCCCCUCUCCUGGCUGAGGAGAAGGAAGUGGCACCCAGAGCCAGGAGACAGGGACACAAGAGGCGAGCUGUGGAGGGAGAGCCUUCCUCCCCCUCUCCCCCUACACCAGAUGGUCCUGUGGAGGGGCGCUCGCUACCUCUGAGAUCUCGCUACGCCAUCAACGCCUGGAAAAGUUGGGUGCUGUCCUCAGCUGAACAAUCAGAACCUCCACCGGCCUGGUCGAAGAGUAACCCGCUCUCUCUGAAAGCAUCAGAACUCAGCCUGGCCCUGUCACGAUUUGUCCAUGAGGUACGGCGGCCCAACGGGGAGUGCUACGCCCCCGACAGCGUCCUCUACCUCUGCCUGGGCAUCCAGCAGCAUCUGCAGGCCAAAGGCAGGAAAGAUGACCUGUUCAGUGACCUGUGCUAUGAGCGGUUUGGAGAGGAGCUCAACAAGGUCCUCAAAGACUGGCAGCCCAGCGUGAUGCCUGAUGGCUCUCGGUGGGGCCGUGUGGAGGAGCAGUGCCUGUGGAGCUGUAAGCUGCUGGGGGAGCAGAGUCCUGCAGCAUUGCUGCGCUCCCUGGUCUAUCUCAACACAAAGUACUUUGGCCUGCUCACCGUGGAGCAGCACCUGCGCCUCUCCUUCAGAAAUGUCUAUGGCCCCGACCACACAGACCCAACCACACAGGAAACCACUGUCUGCAUCUGCAUCCCCUCCUUCUCCCCACAGGACCACCACUUACCAACAGGGUCCAGGAAGAGGAAACGUAAAGAGGACAGUCACGCGGCCUACGAGCCAGACGACGGCUCGGGAUGCUCCACACACUGUCCAGUCAAAAAGCACGAGGGCAGAUUCUACGAACUCUACCGUUCCAAGUGCCCGGGGUCGUUGAGUCAGCGUAUGGAUGUGUUCUAUAUGCAGCCAGAGUCAUCGGGCAGCAGCAGUGACGGUGACAGCUCGCUGUGGUUCUCCUCUACUCCUUUGGACCGCAGUGUCCUGGAGAGCAUCCUCACCCCUCUCCUUCUGGUAAAAGACAUCUACAGAGAGCGCCAUCUAGAAGAAGAAGAGGAGGCCAGCUGUGAGCAUACAGUGGAUGUCCGGUUGGAAGGGACUACACAUGCCCAGAGCUGAUCGGAGGACGGUGUUUCCCUGAAGGGCCAAGGAAGGGGACUCUGACUGCGAGUAGCUAGGGUGAUAUUGGAGUGUGUCGUGUGAAAAGCAAUUCCCCAAGAACUGUUGCACUUCCUUCCUUCCAUAGGGGAACUCCGUUCACGUGAUGUAGCAUUACUUACUAAGCCCAGAUUGGGCUGCUAUGCUGUGUAAAUAUUUCUGAAAGUUAAAAGUAGUAGAUGGGAAGAGACAGAGACAUCCACAAGAAAUGCCAACCGAGUUCUCCGCUUUGACCCCCAGAAGCCUUUUAAAGAUGAGACAUUUAUUUAUUGCGGUUGAUUGAUUGCUUCUAUUGUACGUUUGUUAUUUUUACGCCGGGAUGGGAUGUGUGUUCGAUUGUGCCCCGUGUGCCAUUUUCCUCUCCUCCAUUAAGAGCAUGAAUUAGUUGAUCAAUUAAAUCUGCUGCAGCCUGGAGCUCUCCCGUGUUCCUGUCUUUCCCUUCUCUUUGUCCUGAGGGGGGCUGUAGGGGUACUGUCUGGGGCUUCAGAGUAGUUGCAGGUACAAGUAUGAAGGAGAUGGUAUCCUGCCGAAAUACUAUUUUGUCAGUUUGAAUUCCAUUGUGUUUUGUUGUCUCAUUUAAGCUAUUUGAUGUUUAUUAUUUAGUUGAAAACGUAGCACUUGAUAAUGGGUGAUGUAUUACUCCCAGCUAAUGAGUGAUAAUCUGUUAAAACGGCAACAACUAAAACUGUUUGUUGCAACUAGGGUGGUCAGAUCUCUUUCAGGAUUAGCACAUUAUAGACCUGCCUGGUUACGUUUCCCAAAUUCACUCCAUCUCCAGGCAUCCAAGUUACAAUAGAAAGCUCUGACUUUAUCUUUUUUUUCUUUUUUUGUUGUUUUCUUUUAUUUUCUAUCAAUAAAUUACACAAGCGAAUACCUCGUUUUUACGUUGACUUCUGAAUAGGUUUGUGUUUGUUUUAGUUUUCUUUGAAUGGCACCUGCCUUGCCUAUUGACUUCCAUGUAAUGUCUGGAGACCACGCUUCGAAGCUGAAAGGUGUUUGGAUAGAGCCUGUCAAGGAAAGGAAAAGAGUCCCGGUUGGUUCUGUGAAUGACCGGCUGGCUCUGAAGCCUAAUGUGAAUGUGCCUAUCUGUGUGUACUGAAAGUGUGUGUGUGUAACUUCACGAGAGGUUGAUGCCGUUUGUGGGCUGACAUGACAAAAUAAAUCAUUUCAUUUCUUAAUA